AACAAGCUGACCAAUCACAGCGUUUGUUUCUCAGCCAUGCAGUGGAGCGCCGGCCGUUUUGAAUUGGUACGGUGUAGCUACUCGCCAGACAAACAGUAACGACUAACGUUGUCGUUUCCGAAAACCGCAACGAAAUUCUGAAAUGCCAAACUUUUCAAAACACAGCAUGUUUCACAAUUAACGAUUUUAAGGAAUAUUUUUGCUCGUUGACUAGAAAAUGGCUGCAUUUACUCCUGCAAACAUGGCAAACAUGACCAACGAAUUAAGCGAUGUAACUGCAAGUUCUUCAGUCAGUAUGUCGGUUACUUCAGUUCAAGACCAAGAUGCAGAUUGUGAGUACAGAGUAUGCCUGGUUGGGGAGAAGACAGUAGACAAUCAGCAGCUUCUGCAAGAUUUGCAGACUCUUAGCUUGCCAUUUACGACAUCAGAGACAGGUAUAGAGAAUGUGAUGGAGCCAGCUGGAGUUGAAACCAUCUUUGUUCUGGAUGAGUUUGAAGGAGAAGCAUUUGAGAACUUGAGACGCAGUGGCUGUAAAAUACUGGGACCUCCUGUCACGUAUCAAUGUGCUGCCAAUAAACAGCCUCUGCCCUUUACUAGUCGACCCUUGUACUGCUGUCACAUGUCUCAACUUGUUAUUUGCUUCACUGGCUUUGUUGAGAAGGAAGAACUGAAGCGUCUUGCUGAGUUGGUUCAUCAUAUGGGAGGCAGUGUUCGUAGAGACUUCAGCACUAAAGUCACUCACCUGGUUGCUAAUGCAACCACUGGCAAUAAAUUUAGGGUAGCAGUCAGUCUUGGAACACCUGUCAUGACUAAAGAAUGGAUUUACACAGCCUGGCAAAAUAGGCAUGAUACACAGAUAUCUGCAACUACAGAAGCCAUGCUGCAGUAUAAGAUGCCACCAUUCUUCCACUGUGUGCUGUCCUUUGUUGGAUUUUCUGCAGAUGAGCAAAAACACAUGGAAGAAGUUACUGUGACACAAGGUGGUACCCAUGUUGCGAUAGGAGGUACCAACUGUACACACCUUGUCAUUGAAAACAAUGCAACCAUAGAGAUGGCUACUAAUCAUGAUGUGAAACUGGUGAAGCAGGAGUGGUUCUGGGCCAGUGUUCAGAUGGAUGCUUGUGCGGAUGAAACUUUGUACAUGUAUCACAAGACUGUUGGUUCUGAUGAAGUACCUAAAACACCAGGAACUACACCUGUCAUGCAUACUUCACGGAAAAGACGACGGUUAAAGGAGAGCCUAGCUGCAUUAAGUCAAGAGAAUGAUGACUUAGCAUCACCACGGAUGCCUUCAAAACGUCGAUCAAGCACGCUCCAUGUACAUGACCCAAGCACAGUCAUGUCCAUGUCAGCUUCAUCACUGCUGGAUGCUACUCCUGAUGAAUCACUGGCAGGAAAUGAGCCUUGCACCCCGAUGCAAGUUGAUGACACCCCUGUCACUCGGAGUACCCCAGAAAAGCCUAUCUCCAAGCGUCACCUUACAGCAAUGGAACUUCUACAGACAGAAGCUAAUUAUGUAGGAAUACUUCGCACUAUUCUCACGGUUUUCAAAGAGCCAUUGGAGAAAGAGCAGACUGGUGGACCUAUCCUUGACCAGGAGGAGAUUAAAACUAUCUUUAGUAAGAUCCCUGAGAUACAUGAAGUGCAUCAACGUCUACAGGAAGACCUAGAGAAAUUGUUGGAUGAUUACAGUGAAGAUAAGAGCAUUGCUGAGAUCAUCAUUAAGCAUUCAGCAGAUAUUAUGAAGGCUUACCCAGCCUUUGUCAACUUCUUUGAGUUGAGCAAGCAAACGGUUAUUGAAUGUGACAAGCAGAAACCCAGGUUCCACGCCUUCCUCAAGAUAUGUCAGAGUAAGCCAGAGUGCGGUCGCCAGACAUUGACUGAACUCCUGAUCCGACCUGUUCAGAGGCUGCCUAGUAUGAUUCUACUUCUGUCAGAUUUACACAAGCGAACUCCAGAGGGACAUACAGAGUGGAAGCAAUUGUCACAAGCAUUAGACUCACUCAGGAAGGUUGCAGAACACAUCAAUGAAGAUAAGAGAAAGACAGAAGGCCACACCCAGAUGUUUGAAGUCAUUAAUGAUAUUGAGGAUGUUCCUCCUCAUCUUCUGUCGGCACAUCGUAGUUUCAUCAUGCGAGCAGAUAUGACUGAGAUUGGGGAUAAAGAGAAUGGUAAAGGAGAAAACUUCUCUGAAAAGGGAGGCAACAUCAGCAUGUUCCUGUUCUCAGACACACUUGAGAUCUGCAAGCGACGUGGCAAACCAGGAACUUCCUUUAAGAGUCCCCACAGCAGCAAGGCACCACAGAAAUUCUACAAACACAUUGAGCUAGUGCCUCUGUCUCAUAUCAGGAGGAUUCUAGAUGUGCAGGAAACAGAAGAAUGCAAAAACACAUUUGCCAUUUUGUGCAAGCCCCCCAUGGACACCACAGAACGGCUGGAUCACUUAUAUCUCUUCACCCUCAUCAGGGAGGAGCCCAAAAAGGAGGAUUGGCUGAAGACACUUUGUAAACAUAUAGCUAACGUCACUUGUAAGACAGAUGCUGAAAAUUUCCUGACAAAAAUAACCCCUGAAGAAUUGGAAAUCACCAAGAGUGACUUUGACAAGGGGAAGCUGACUAAAGCUAUGAGGAGAGCUAGACGAGCUACACGCAAAGUUGGUCGAACGUUCUCCUUCAACAAAACACCACGUAGGACCUUGCAACGAGCUGCAUCUACUACAACUUUAAACAUGAGUCCCAUGGUGACCAAAGUAGAUCUGGCUCAUCCAGCUGAGCAUAUGGACCUUACAGGUGCUAGGCUGGCUAGCACAUCAAGCCUAAAUGCUAAGGUGACAUCGCCCCUGUCUACACUACCUCCAUGUACCCCAGGCAAACUGAAGAGUGUAACCUAUGGAUCAUCUAGUGCCAACUGGCUGUGAGAUCACCAGACACUGAAAUCUAACCCGGACCCUAGAACAAGGGUUUAUCCGGGGGAGACAUGUUGCCUAUAUUGGUUUUUUGUUUUGUUUCAUUUGUUGUUUUUUUCAAUUGAAAGCAUCUGCAUUUUAGAAAUGGUACCUGUACUACUACAUUCUUAGGGAAAGGGAAAUUGAUGCAGUUUCCUUUACUGAUACAAAAUUGGGAUUGUCAUUUUUAGAACAAUUUUCAUUUUGCCCCGCCCCCCAACCCUCAGAAAGUACAUGGAUGCAGCAAGGGAAAAAACCCAGUAUGUAACAGGCAUUUUUACAAAUACAAAUGAAUGCCAGAUUGCAUCAAUCAAAACCUCAAACCUCUAAAAUUGGCAGUACUGUUAACCCCUUGAUGACAGGAAUUUCUUCCUAAAAGCCGACUCCAAGAAUUCCAGCCUCGCUUGGCCACAAAGGCCAC